UCACUUUGGAAGUGGAAUUGAUAGGUGGAGCCAACCCUGGCGGGCAGCGCCUCAGGCUCUGGGAUGAGGCUGAGGAGGCGACCCUCAGACAAAUCCUAGGGGUGCGUGGGUGGGUGAGGGCGGAGUGGAAGCCCCCUCAGCCUUAACCUCUGAGGUGUAGCUCCUAGAUCCCAGGGCGGCCUCGGGGCGGGGCGGGGCGGUGGAGGGGGAAGAGGGGUUCCGGGAACAGGACGGGGCGGGGCGGGGCUGGGACCGGGGCGAGAAGGAAGGAGGGUCUCUGUCCCCGCCCCUCGUGCCCCCGCAAUUCCGACGGGACGUGCAGUAGGCUGUAGUUCCAUCCGGCUCCAGCACCAAUCCAUACCUUGGCCCCAGUAAGGGGACGUAGCUGCCAUUGAGUCCUUCGGUCCAUCUGCCCAUUGUGAAAGGUGAGUCGUGUGGGUUCUUCGAUUCCUGCCCAAAGUUCUGUUGUGGGAACUGCUUUUUGAAGUACUGUUGCUCUGACGUGCAGAACAAGUUUGAUGACGACAUUCUAUGCUCUGAUGACAGGUCAUUAGAGUGGGUAGAAAAAGAUAGAAAAAUGACAUUUGAGCCUGACUUCGACAGCGGCCCCUCCCCAGGCAGCACAUGAACAGGAAGGAAGGAAGCAGAAGGAAGCCAGAGUCAAGUUUUGGCAAGUAGUGAUUGUGGGUGGGACAAAGAGGCAAUGGAGUUCAUAAGUGGAGGCUAGUAAAGUUGGAAGUGUUCACUAAGGGGUCAGGAUAGGGAAAGGAGACUAGUAUAUCCAGAGUAAGAGGGAUGACUCUGGGAAGAAUUGAGGAGUGAGAUCCUGGGAGGUCAUAGUUGAGGAGGAAGGAUAGAAUGGGGACAGGGAGGUGUUUCUGAGGCAUAGGGAAAGAUAGAAUGAUAAAAGGAUUUUAUGAUCAGAAAAAAGAAUUUCAGAAUUGCUGAACAUGGAAGUGGCACACUUGUGGGCAAGAUCAAGGAUCUGAACAUCUCUUUUUGGGGUCAAGGAGCUAAUUUUGGGGUACUAUAUAGAUCACUGGUCAGUGAAUUUGGCCCCCCACUUGUUUUUGUAUAGCUGCCUAGCUAAGACUAGUUUUUAUAUUUUAAGUUACAUUUUAAAAUUUAUAAAACUAAAAAUAUAAAAAAACCCCCAAACAUUCUUAGUUCAUGGGGGUGCUGCAGACUAGAUUUGGCCUGAGGGUCAGAGUUUGCUGGCCCCUGGCAUAGAGUGAGAGGAACUGGGAAAUGAAUGUGUUCUAGGGAAGAUAAAUAUGUUUAUGGAAUUCACUUAGUAUGAUGGCGGGAAUUGGAAUGGAGAAAAAGACUGUGAACCAGGUAUCCAAUUCAUUGGGGAAGGAGACUGUUCGAGGGGUCAAUAGAAGGAUCUGCCUCAGGUGACAAUUCUGCGUGGUUGUGGUGGUGAAGCCUGUCUGUAGCUUAUUUCUCAACCAGGAUUGGUGAAUUGAGAGGUAAGAGAGAAAGUAUGGAAAGUACUGAAUGGGGCGCCUAGGGAGCAUUGUCUAAUGGGAGGUUAAGGCUGAGGAACAUAGGAUUUGGGAAUAGUGAUUAGGGUUUGUACAUCAGUCAUCAGGGUUGCAGAAUUAUUGAGCUAAAGGGCUAAAAAUUUCAUUGUAGGAAGUGUUUGUUGUAUUUGAAGACUUGUGUGGAAUGGCUAUCCCAUGAGCUUGGUGGUCUUAACAUCCUGGUUGUUUUUUUUAAUUAAAAAUUUUUUAAAAUUUUAUUUAGUCAAUUUAGACAUUAUUCCUUGGUUACAAGAAUCAUAUUCUUUCCCUCCCUCCCCUUCCCCCACCCUUCUUGUAGCCGACGUGCAAUUCCACUGAGUAUUACAUGUUGAACAUCCUGGUUUUUGAGUCAUGUAUGUUGUUCUCAGGGCACUCACGGUCGUCGCAUAAUAUUAGAAUUGUUCUCUAAUUGUCAAGUUUAUUAUAAUAGGAAAGGUGCUCUUGAGUCCAGAUCAACUCACCUUGCUAGAGCAUCUUUCCAUGAUCCUGGGACCCUUCCUUUCCUGACUGACUGUUACCCCUUGAUUUACUACCACUUCAAUUAGUGCCUUUUGACUUUCUUUGUAUCCCUAGUGGUUAGCAUAAUGCCAGGUAUCUAGCGUGGAUUCUUAAUAAAUACUUAUAUAACUAAUCAGCUGAGCACCAAUUUUAGUGAUGGACAUGCCAGUUGGCCCUGUUGCCAUGGUUGGGACCGAGUUUCUGGUGAGGAGGUUCUCUGGAGCUGGAGUCUUCUGGUAGCAGCUAUUGGUUUCCCCCAGACCCAGCUCUCUCAUAGUCAUUGUACUUUGUCAUCUCUAAUGGUCCCCUUAGUGACGUCCAAGUGGAGCAGGCCUGGAUUCCUUGAGCUAAUGUUUUGGUGUGAAGCUCAGUGGAUGGCUCCUAGCAUCCCUGCCCUGCCUAACCUUUGUGUGUGGUGCUUGGAAUUGUGGCUUUUUGAAGAAGCUCUAAAAGCAGCUCAGUCUAAUGGGAAUUGGGACUAGGCUUGACAUAUACAUACAUAGUUCUAAUACCAAGUAGAAUGGCACCAAUACAAAGGAUGGGUAUAGACAAAGUGCUGUAAGAGAUCUGAGGACAGGACAGAUCAAUUCCUCCCAAGGCAAGGCUUUAUGGAGAAAGUAGCCCCUGAGCAGAGUUUGAAGGAAGAGAAGAAUUUCAACAUCAUGAUGGAGGAUGUAGAUAGAGACGAGAAAGCUAGUGGGGCAUAUAUAGAGCAUGGGAGAUAAUAGGAAAGGCAGCCAGGAUUCUAACAGGGAUCAGGAAAAAUGGAAAUGAAUAUUGAAGAUGAGAAGUCUGGCUAGUUGCAGAGAUAUUGAUGGGCACAGGAGAUCUGUUUCAGAUCUGUGCCAAAGCAUGGAAGCCGGAGAGUGCUGGAUGCUUUUACUUGGAGAGCAUAAAGUGGUAAUUAAUCAACAUUUAUUAAGCACCUACGAUGGUCAAACAGUCUGUCAGGUGCUAGUAAUAAAUACAAAGAAAAGCAAAAUGUAUUCCUGUCCUUGAGGAGUUCAGGGUCUGCUGGAAGAGACAACAUACAGAUAAUUUGCAUCUAUAAGCUAUAUACAGGAUAAAUAAAUAAUAAUAAAUAGGGGAAGGUACUAGAAUUAGACAACUGGGAAAAGCUUCCUCUUGAAGGGCAGGACUUGAAAGAAUCCAGGGAAGCCAGGAGGUUUAAUUGUAUUCUAUGCAUGAGGGACAGCCAGUGAAAAUGCCCAGAGCCAAGAGAUGGAGGAUCUUCUGUGAAGGACUUCAAGGAGGCCAGUGUCACUAGAUCAAAGAGUUGGGGGAAGGGAGAUAUAAGGGGAACAAGAAGGUAAAGUUAGAAAGUCUGUUAUAUGUAGGGCUUUUAAUGCUCAACAGAAGAUUUUAUAAUUUAUCCUGGGGGUGAUAGGAAGCCACUAGUUUCCUGAGUAGGGGAGCACAGCAUGUUACAACAUUGAGCUGAGUUGAGGAUGGACUAGAGUCAGGAGAGACUUUUGGCAGGUAGACCCACCCGCAGGUGAUUGCAGUAGGUCAAAUGUGAGGUGAGGAAGGUCAGACUUGGGGGGUCAGACUUGAGAGAAGUGAGAGUCCUGCCUGGACAACAAGCUGUCUGCCAAGGGACCACUCACUGAAAGCUCAACCGAGAAAUGGAACCAGUUCAGAGAUGCAGUGAAGGAAACAUCAAAGGCAGUCCUAGGCCCCAAACAAUGCAACCACCAGGACUGGUUCAACAAGAACAACACUGCUAUUGAAGACCUAUUGAGCAAGAAGAACAGAGCCUUUAUGGAGUGGCAAAACAACCCAAACUCUGCUCCUAAAAAGGACAGAUUCAAGUCUCUCCAAGCCACGGCGCAGCAUGAGAUCAGGAAGAUGCAAGACCGAUGGUGCGAAAAAAAGGCAGAAGAAAUCCAGCGCUUUGCUGAUACAAAAAAUUACAAACAAUUUUUCAGUGCCCUCAAGACUGUCUAUGGGCCAUUAAAACCCACCACCACUCCCUUGCUAUUCUCUGACGGUGACACUCUCAUAAAAGAUAAAAAAGGCAUCAGCAACAGGUGGAAAGAACACUUCAGUCAGCUUCUCAACCAACCCUCUUCAGUCAACCAAAGCACCCUUGACCAGAUCCCCCAAAACCACACCAUUGAACAACUUGACGUCCCUCCUUCAAUAGAGGAAGUCCAAAAAGCCAUUAAACAAGUGAGUACAGGUAAGGCACCCAGUAAAGACGGGAUCCCAACCGAGGCAUACAAGGCCUUAAAUGGAAAGGUGCUCCAGGCAUUCCACAUAGUGCUGACCAGCAUAUGGGAAGAGGAAGACAUGCCCCCAGAACUCAGAGAUGCCUCCAUCGUAGCCCUAUACAAGAACAAAGGCUCACGAGUAGCCUGUGACAACUACAGAGGCAUCUCACUACUCUCCAUUGCUGGAAAGAUCCUCGCCCGUGUUAUACUCAACAGACUCCUGUCAUGUGUUUCAGAGCAGAACCUGCCUGAAUCACAAUGUGGCUUCCGACCAGAUCACAGCACCAUCGACAUGGUCUUCACAGUGAGGCAAAUGCAGGAAAAAUGCCUUGAGCAGGACUUGAGUCUCUACAUUGUCUUCAUAGACCUGACAAAGGCAUUCGACACAGUGAACAGGGACACAUUGUGGGUGAUCCUCAGCAAGCUCGGCUGCCCAGCAAAAUUCGUCAAACUGAUCCAGCUCUUUCAUGUCGACAUGACAGGGGAAGUCCUAUCUGGUGGAGAGACUUCCGAUAGCUUCAACAUCUCCAAUGGCGUGAAACAAGGCUGUGUCCUCGCUCCAGUACUAUUCAACCUAUAUUUCACCCAAGUAUUAUAACAUGCUGUGAUGGAUCUAGACCUGGGCGUCUACAUCAAAUACCGACUGGAUGGCUCACUAUUUGACCUUCGCCGCCUGACUGCAAAAACAAAGACAACAGAGAGACUCAUCCUGGAAGCUCUCUUCGCAGAUGACUGUGCUCUCAUGGCCCACCAAGAAAAUCAUCUCCAAACCAUUGUGGACAGGUUCUCCACCGCAACAAAACUGUUUGGCCUGACUUUCACCCUCAGCAAAACAGAGGUGCUGUUCCAACCUGCAACAGGGAGGCCAGCCAUGCAUUACAAUUGAUGGCACGCAGCUUUCUAAUGCCAACACUUUCAAGUACCUGGGCAGCACCAUCACCAACGACGGGUCCCUAGACCACAAGAUUAAUGCCAGGAUCCAAAAGGCCAGCCAGGCACUCGGGUGGCUGUGCUGCAAAGUCCUCCAACACAGAGGUGUAAGCACCGCGACGAAGCUCAAAGUGUAUAACGCAGUGGUCCUCAGCUCGCUCCUGUAUGGUUGCGAGACAUGGACACUGUACCAGAAGCACAUGAAGCAGCUGGAGCAAUUCCACCAACGCUCCCUCCGGUCAAUCAUGAGGAUCCGAUGGCAGGACCGAAUCACCAAUCAGGAAGUCCUCGACAGAGCCAACUCCACCAGCAUCGAAGUCCUGGUCCUCAGAACCCAGCUACGAUGGUCUGGACACAUCAUCCGCAUGGACCCACAGCGAAUACCAAGACAGCUAUUCUAUGGUGAACUGUCAGCUGGACUCAGGAAACAAGGCCGACCAAAGAAAAGAUUCAAGGAUCAGCUAAAGUCCAACUUGAAGUGGGCUGGCAUUGCACCAAAGCAACUAGAACUCGCUGCCUCUGACAGAAGCAGCUGGCGAGCCCACAUUCACCAUGCCGCCACCACCUUUGAAGAUGAACGACGUCGAUGUCUUGCCACUGUGCGUGAACGCCGACACCAGGCCACAACCACACCUCCCGUAACAACUGGCGUCCCAGGCCCCAUGUGCCACAAACUGUGCGCCUCAGCCUUUGGACUCCAAAGCCACAUGAGGGUACAUCAAUAGAUGAUAAUGUACAAAGACAAUUGUCAUUCUCGGUCACCGAGAGACUACCACUAUACAUGUUCUUCAAUGCCAACUUAAAAAAUCUGUUUUAUCUUUUGGGUGGUGGGUAGCCCCAGAAAUUAAAAAACAAACAAAUAAAAACCCCUUAGCUUCUGUUUUAGAAUCAAUACUAAAUAUUGGUUCCAAAGCAGAAGAGUGGUAAUGGGGUUAAGUGAGUUUGUCUGGUGUCAUGCAGCUAGGACAUAUCUGAGGCUAGAUUUGAACCUAGGACCUCCCAUCUCUAGGUCUGAAUCUGAAUCCACUGAGCCAUUCAGCAGCCUCCCUUCCCUCCCCACCCCAGGAAGUUUUUGAGCAGAGGUUGGAUUACCUAUUAGGAGGAUUAUUUGGGCUGCUAUGGAGAGUGUCUAGGCCAAGGAGAUAGGUUAUACAGAAGAGCAUGAUGAUAGUCUUAGGAGAAAGGUUUUGAAGAAUUAGGGUGGUCUCUGAGUGGAGAGAUAGAUGGUUUAUAUGUCAAGGUUGACUCAAGACUUGUUUGAUUGAUUGAAGAAGAUGAGGAAAAGGGAAAAGACAAAGAGGACUACAAAUUUAGGGUCCAACCAGGAUGGGGAUACCAUCAGAAGGAAAGUAGAAAGAUUUUAAGGAAAUUAGUUCAGUUUUAAAUAAGGUGCUAGUGGGACCCUAAGGUGGAGAAGCCCACAGUAGUGCUGAAGAAAUGUCUAUUAUCAGGACUAGGCAACUAUAUUUAGUAGUCUUCUACAGAGAGGAAAUAAUGCGAAUUAAAGAUAUUGCUAAGGGAGGGAGGACCAAGGACAGAGCCUUGAAACUGGGAAUAAAUGAUAUUACUGAAUGAACGAAUGAAUAAAUGAAAAAAAAGAUCUUUUAUUUUUUAACUUUUACCUUCUGUCUAAGAAUAAAUACUAAAUAUUGAUUCCCAGGCCACAGAGUAGUAAGGGCUAGCAAUUGGGCUUAAUAAAUAACUUGCCCAGGGUCACACAGCUAGGAAGUGUCUGAGGUCAUAUUUGAACCCAAGACCUCCUGUUUUUAGAACUGGUUUUCUAUCCAAUGAGCCAUCUUGCUAUCUCAUAAGAGAAAUAUUUGAGAAUCCCUUAAAUAGCAAAGAGAUCAAAUCAGUCAAGACUUAAAAGAAAUUAAUUCAGAUUAUUUGGGAGGUCAAAUAGUAAAGCCAAAGCUUAAAAAUUGGCUACACGGAGAGAAGAUAGGAUUUACUGGAAAAGACUUUAAUGUUGGAAAAAAUAGAAGGCUAAAGGAGAAGCAGAUGUCAGGGAUUGAUGGUGUCUUGGAAACAAUCAAUAUGAAUUUAGGAUAGUCUUUGACAGAUAGUGGAGGAGAAAGGGGAGGUGGGGUGGAAGGGAGAGCCUUGGGUAAUGCCCAGGCUUAGUCAACUAGCACUUCUUAAGUCCCCAGUCCCUGCUAUCUGGGAGCUCACAGUUUAAUGGAGGGGGUGAGGGGUGGAGAUAACAAUCAGACAGCUAUGUACCAACAAGGUACUGAGGCUCCCCUGUCAGAGGAGAGAUGCUGGCAUCAAGAAAGGCUCCUUGCUUUAGGGUGUGGGGAAAGAGUGGUAAGUCAGGGAAGGAGCCAGAGACAUUUAUCUGAAAGAUCAGAGGAGAAUCAGAAUAAGCCUGUGCCAAGAAAGCUAAAGAAGGAGAGUGUAGCUAUGUGACCUUGGACAAGUCACUUUAUACCUGUUGCCUAGCCCUUUACCAUUCUUCUGUCUUAGAAUCAAUAUACUUAGUAUUGGUUCUAAGACAGAUGAUAUGGGGUAAAAAAACAAUAACAAUAAGAAUUACGAACAGUUUCAUACCAUGGAAAAAAUCAAAAGGAUGAAGAUUUAAGGAAAAAGUCAUUGAAUUUUUACAUUUAAAAAAUAAUUGGUGACUUUAGACAGAGUAGCUUGAGUAGAGUGGUGGGAACUGAAACAUGCUCAUUUGCAGGGAUUUAGGAAGGGGGGAAUGAUGAGAGUAGAUGUGUCAAAAUGCAUAACAAACUCCCCCCCCCAAAAAAACCUUACCUUCUGCCUUAGAAUCAAUACAAUGUACUUUUCUAAGGUAUAAGAAUCGUAAGGGCUAGGCAGUUGGGGUUAAAUGACUUGUCCAGGGUCACACAGCUAGGAAGUAUCUGAGGCCAGAUUUAAACUCAAAGAGCUUUCAUUGCUAGCCUGACUCUUAAUCUACUGAGUCAUCUAGUUAACCCCCCCCCCCCAUAACAACUUAAAAACCAGCAGGGAUGUGCAAUUAUGCCAGCCACAGAAUACAACAAAUCAAGGUUUCUCUCUGACCCUUUUCUCUUCCCACUUGGAGAUCAUCUGUCCCUGGAUCCCUGUUGUCUGGUUUGUGGUGAGCAUCCUGCUCAUUCCACCUCUGCAGUUUGUAGAAACUUGCUUCUAGGAUGACUUCAAUCCUUUAUUUAGUGUUCUCUGGCUCUAGCUGUUCUGCCACUUCUUAAUCCACAUAAUUGCAAUCUUACCCUGUAUAUAGUUCUCCAUUACUGUGUAUUGGGGGAAACUUGAUCGGAUGCCUCCCCCAAAUCCACAUAUAUUAUAUUCACUGCUUUCCUCUAAUCCUGCCAGGCUAGUUAAAUUAAUCUGUCAAAAAAAAAUAGACUUUGCUAUCCCUAGCUGUAUUCUUUUUGUGAAUCAAUGCUGGCUACUAAUAAUCACUAUUUAUUUUUUUUUCUUUAGAAUAUUUUCCAUGGUUAUAUGAUUCAUGAUUCCCCAUCUCCAGUUCUUUUCUCCACUCUCCCAGAGCUAACAAGCAGUUCCACUGGGAUAUAUAUAUCAUUGUUAAACCUAUUUCCUUGUUAUUCAUAUUUGCACUACUUCUCAUUCUAAAGGCUUGUAAAACACGUAUUUAAUAAUCCAUUCCAUUGUUUGGGUUUUUAUAGUUUCUAAAAUCAGGAUCUUAGAAAUUUUGAUUGUUUUUCUUGUCUCUGGUCUUCUGGUGCCAUCUAAAUCCUCUAUUAACCCUUCAAAGGUCACUCUUAAUGGUUUUUAGCACACCAUGGUGUAAUUCACCCAGGCUUGAAGAUGAACUCAUGUUCAUGAAGUUGUUUGAUUGUUCUUCAUCUGUCUUAGGUUUUUGUUUCUUCUCUCCUCUAUUUUUUCCACUUUAAAGACUGCCCUCCUUUUCUGGGGGGCAGCUAGGUGAAUAGAGUGCUAGCUGGAGUUAGGAAGACUCAUCAUGUUGGAUUAAAUCUGCCCUCAGACUCACUCUGUGACUGUGGUCAAGUCACUUGAAUCUGUUUGUCUCAGUUACAUCAUUGUAACCAUGAAAAUGUGGGUUUCAAGACUGUGAAUUGCCAAAACUGUAAAGAUAAUUUUAGUGUCUUGAUUUUAAUCAAAAUUUAGUGAUUGCCAUGGGGAAAAUUCCCAAAUAUGAAAAUACUCAAGUCAGCUGGGUUUUAUGGAGAUUUUAAUUAAUGCAAAUAAAGGAAUUAAGGGAAGGGAGAGAGAGAGAGAGAAUAAAAGGAAAUAGUAGGAAAGGGCCUAGGCCAAAUGGCCUAGGCCUGAGCUUUAUGAGAGAAACUAAGUCAGUCUUUUAUCCACUCACCAUAAGAUUUGUCCCAAGCAAAACUCCAGUCCUUCACUGAAAUCCUCAACUCCUGAACUGAGUUUCAGAGACCCAGCUCCUCCAACUAACUCCAAACUCCAACUCAAGCGCCUUCCUUUUAAAGAAAAUUUUCUCUUGUGUCACCUCCCCUAAAUUUUCACAUCUACCAAUCACAGUAGACAUUUUCCCCAGGACUGACCAUUCUUAGUUCACAUCAUCUUUUUUUAUCACAUUCUCUGGGUAGACUAAAACUUCACACCUCUUUUGUUAAGCUUGCCUUUUGUAAGUUGAUUGACCUUUUAGUGAUUAAUUUAACCUUUAUAGGUACUUAGCACCCUUUUGUAUUAGAUCUAAAAACAGACCUAGCUUAAGGUUCUAGCUUUACUAUAAGUAUGAGUUAGGGACUUUUCAUUGUUCAAUCAGGAGUUUACAACUUUAUCUUCCCCUCAGGCACUGUCUGAGUAGGGCGGAGUAAUUUUAAAAGUUCUCAAUACAUUCCUGAUCAAGUACCUCCAUUGUUUAAAUGGAGAAUAGUUUAACCAAAUCUUCUAAGGUGUCUGAGAAGUUUUAAGAUUCACAUCAUCUGUAAAAUAAGCUGGAGAAGGAAAUGGCAAACCACUAUUAUCCAUCAAGAGCUAAAUGGGAUCAUGAAGAAUUGGGCUUGAGUGAAAAACAAUUAAACAGUAACUCCAGUUCUGGAUAAGACAGAUGCAGAAAUAGAACUUAACUUACUUCACUACCCUGAAAUCUGUUGGGUGCCAUCUGUUUCAAAUAAUAAUCCUGUCUUUUCAAUAUUCUUCUUCCUCUAAACAUAGUUAAAAAAAAAAUACAAGGCAUGCAAAAACCUGAUACCCUUUAUUGUUGUUAUCCUUAAAGUGUUGCCUAAGCAUCAGCUCUUUUUGGGCUUUAACACCUCCUUUUUAGACUAUGCUAAAUUUAUAUAUUUGUUCUAUAGUUGUAUGUGUCACCUGUCUUUUGCACGUCCUUUUAAAAUCACUUCUGUCUCUAGCUAUCACCCCAUCUUCCUGAUUAUUGAUAUAAUUGUGUUUGUAAUAAGAAUACAUUCUCAAGAACAAGCCAUCCCUCUUUUUUCAAUAUCAGUUUUUUAAAAAACCUUAUUUUGGUUUUAACAUCCCCCCCAAAAUCAUGUUUCCAAAGACAGAGCAGAACAUAAGGAUUAUAUAUGAAACCAUGAAUCCACAUCUCAUACUGCUUGUGCUUUGUGUUUUUUUUUAUAUUAUAUAUAUUUAUAUUAUAUACAUUACAAAAGAUAUUUUAUCUUAACCAAUUAUAUGUAAUAAAAUUUCAUCUAUGUUUUCUGGUUAUAUGAUCCAAAUUGUCUCACUUCCUCCUUUCCCUCCCCACUCCUGAAGCUUGUUUUAUUUUUUAUAUAUUUUUAUUUAUUUUGUUAAAAUUUGUUUCAGUUACACUUAAAACAAUUUUGAGGUUCAGUUUUUCGUUCUCCUUCUUGUCCCUCAUUUCUAGCCCUUAAGAAGGUAUAAAUUGCUAGGAAAACCUGAAAAUAAUUUUGCAAAAAAUAGGCAUAGACCAACAUUUUUCAUCAUAUACCAAAAUAAAGUCAAAAUGGAUAACUGAUUUAGACAUAAAGGGUAAUGUCAUAAGUAAAUUGGGGGAAUAUUAGAAAAACUAAUAUAUGGAUAAGGGAAGAGUUUAUGACCAAACAGGAGAUAAAGAAGAUCAGAAGAAGUAAAAUGGAUAAUUUUGAUUACUUGAAGGUAAAAACUUGACACAAACAAAACAAAUGAAGCCAAAAUUAGAAGAAAAGCAGACAACUGUGGAGGUGGGGUAGACUUACAAGUUUCUCUGAUAAAGGCCUCAUUUCUCAAAAAUGUAGAGAACUGAGUUAAAGUUGUAAAAAUGAGCCAUUCCUCCAUUUGGUAAAUGGUCGAAGAAUAUGAACAAAAUUUUCAGAAGAAGAAAUCAAAGCUAUCAAUAGUCAUAUAAAAAAGUACUCCAAGUCACUAUUGAUUAGGGACAUGCAAAUUAAAACAACUCUGAUAAUACCUUAUACUUAACAGAUUGAUUAACUUGACAGAAAAGGAAAAUGACAAAUGCUGGAGGAAAUUUGGAAAAAUAGAUACACUAAUGCUCUGUUGGUAGAGCUGUGAAUGGUCCAAUCAUACUGGAAAACAAUUUGGAACCAUGUCCAAAGAGAUAUAUAAAACUGUGUGUAUCCUUUGAUUCAGCAAUACCACUACUAAAUCUGCAUCCCACAGAGAUCAAAGAAAAGGGAAAAGGACUUAUUUGUACAAAAGUAUUUAUAGCAGCUUUUUGUAGAGGCAAAGAAUUGGGAAUUGAGGGGAUGCCCAUCAGUGAGGAAUGGCUGAGCAAGUCGUGAUAAAAGAUUGUGAUGGAAUACUAUUGUGCUGUAAGAAAUGAUGAUCCAAGGCAGUCUUAUAUGAACUGAUUCAAAUUAUAUUGAACAAAACAGCAAAACUUUGUCCAUAGUAACAACAAUAUUGUAAUGGUAAUCAGAAAGACUUACUUAGCAACUUUGAUCAAGACAGUGACAUAGGUCCCAAGAUAAAAAAGCAAACAAAAUGCUAUUCACCCCUAGAGAGAAAGAAUCAAUUAAUUCUUUGAGUGUAGAUUGAAGGAUACUUUUUCAUUUCUUUUUAUUUUUCUUGGGGUUUUUUGUGUAUGUUUACUUUUGCAAUGUGACUGAUAUGGAAAUAUAUUUAGCUUGAUUUCACAUGUAUAAUCAGUAUAUUGCUUGCCUAUACUGCUUGCUUUUAAAAAAGGUAUCAUCCCACAUGUUUUUUUAUUGUCUUCUAUUCUUCCUUCUGAAUUUCCUUCUGUUCCCCUCAGUGCAUUGAAAAAAUUUUUUCCAUAUACUUUUUCAAAAAAAAGAAAAAUCACUAUUGGCAACUCACUUUCAAUCCCCUCAUAUAAUACUCCACCCAGGACAACCAUUACCUUCCUUUGGGGAGCUUAUUUUCCAGGAGAUAUGUGCAACAGCAAGGGAGAUGCACUGUACCAAAUUAUUUUACAUAAUAAUUGGAUUAGUGAGAAUGUUAUGGACCACUGACAACUUGAAGCUAAGCAACAAUUAUUAGGACCUUUUUGAAGAGGCAGCUGAAGAGUUACUUUUUAGAAAAUAGCUACUUGUUCUUCAAGGAAUGACAAAAUUGCUCCAAGGGAGUAUCUGACAGGUCUGCUGCAAAUUUAUGUUACACAGCAUCACCUGGGCCUUCAUUGCUGCCAGACAAUCCUAUUAUACCUCACUUAGCAACUCAUUCUCCCACUUCUUAGUAGGAGAACCUUUUCAUGCCUCCUCAAACUUCCUAUAGGCUCCCUCUACUCCCUUCUCAGCUUGCCUUGUUCAUUUGUGUUUCCCUCUUCUCCUUUUCCUCCUCUCCAAGUCAUUCAUUGCCUUCUGUUAAUAAUUUUCAACUUUGUCUCAUAUGAAGUGAGUGGCCUUAUUCCUUACCAAGACUUAACCCUUCUUGUUGUUCAAGCAGUUCCAUUCCAUCCUAUCUCUGACAACAGAUUGCCUCUUUUGUGAUCUCUACUUUUUCAUUUAUUUUCUUUGACAAUUUUUAUAUGUUUUCAGUUGCAUUUAGAAACAAUUUUUGACAAUUGUUUUUUGAUGUUUUAAAACUCAAGGGGGGAGGGCAGCUGGGUAGCUCAGUGGAUUGAGAGCCAGGCCUAGAGACGGGAGGUCUUAGGUUCAAAUCUGGCCUCAGCCUCUUCCUAGCUGUGUGACCCUGGGCAAGUCACUUGACCCCCAUUGCCUAGCCCUUACCACUCUUCUGCCUUGGAGCCAAUACACAGUAUUGACUCCAAGACGGAAGGUAAGGGUUUAAAAAAAAAAAAACUCAAGGGGGCAGCUGGGUAGCUCAGUGGACUGAGAGCCAGGUCUAGAGACAGGAGGUCCUGGGUUCAAAUUUGGCCUCAGACACUUCCCAGCUGUGUGACCCUGGGCAAGUCACUUAACCCCUAUUGACUAGCCCUUACCACUCUUCUGUCUUGGAACCAAUACACAGUAUUGAGUCCAAGAUGGAAGAUAAGGAUUUAUUAAAAAAAAAUUUUUAAUCCCCCUGUCCUUGUCAUGAAUAGCCUGAUAUAGGUUAUACCCAUACUUUAUGUAAUACAUAUUUCCUAUUCUAUCAUGAUAGAAGGCACAUAUCACACAUACAGUGGAAAUAUAAUGGAAGAUGUCAUGCUUUGAUCUUCACUGAGUUCCAAUAGUUCCUUCUUUGGCUCUGGAUAGCAUUUUCUUCAUGAGCUCUUUGUGGUUAUCUUGGAGACUUGCUUUGCUGAUAAUGGUGAAAAUCUUGAAAUUUUUCAGACUUGUGAAUGUUAAAAAUUUCCACAUUGAGGAAUCUUCCUUUGGAACAAAUUCCCUACUGGAAACAUUCCCCAUUUUGAUGUGAGAACUCACCAGGAUCAGAAAUGGGAGGACCUCUACUCCACCCAUACUUAAGACUGCUUUAGGGGAGAAAACUCCUUGCUAAACAAUGAAAGUACUUGGACCCAUGCUUAUAAUAAGGCAAGGAGUUCUUUGAGCCAUGCCUUUUUUUUAGAAUUGAUACAAUGAGAUGCUAGGUACCUAAAAAAAGGUCGGGCAAGUUUUCUCUUAAUGAGAUUAGUUGACUCAGCUGUGUUUUCACUGGUUCAGACUUACUGAGGAGAUUAGUAAACACAGCAGCAUUUUUUCUGGUUCAGACUUACUGAGGAGAUUAGUCGAUUUAGCAGGAAUUCAGAAUGGGCUGUCCUUUGGAAAACGUCUACAGUGAUUGGUAGAUGUAAGGACUUAGGGGAGGUGACAUGGGAGAAAAACCCCUAUAUAAGAAAAAGCAGAAUCUCUUGAGGGAAAAAAAAGCCUUUUGGAGGAUCUCUGAUGAGGAUCGCUUGGGAAGAAUCUCUUGAGAGAGGCUCUUGAGAAGGGAAGCUCUUGGAGGACAAUCUCUAAGGAGGUCUCGCUGGAGCUCCUCUGAGGGGACUCUGUCCCUCUGGAGGCUCUGGAGAGGCCCUUUGGAACAGUCUCUGGCUGGAAGGCUCUUUAAGGAGGACUCUGGAUGGAACUCUCUCUGGUGAAGUCAGCUGAGAUGGAGCUGGCCUGGUGUCACUAGAAUCCUUGCUUAGACAGACCUUGUGGUGAGUGUUAAAAGACUGACUGACUGAUCUCUCUUUCUUAAGACUCAGCUCUAGGCCAUAUUGACUUAAGGCCCUUCAUACUUAUUUCCUUUUUCUCUCUUUCUCUCUUUUCUUUAAUUCCACAUUUGUAUUAAUUAAAAUCUCUAUAAAACCCAGUUGACUUGGGUAUUUGAAUAAUUGGGAAUAUUUCCCUGGCGACCACCUUAUAUUUGAUUUAAAAACCAAGACACUGUAGUGAAACAUAUUUUCUGCAGUCAAAUUUACUCACUCUCUCUUAUAUCUAUCACAAUUUAUCUUCCAUUAUUUUAACUCACUACAGUUUACAUCACUCUUUUAACUGUUACAGUUUAAGGCAUUCAACCAUUUAAAAUCUAACAAUGGUUCAGCCCUUCACAGUUGAUCAUCUUAUAUUUCUGUUACUGUCUACAUUGUUCUCUUGGUUCUGCUUAUUUCACUUUGCAUUUGUUCAUAUAAGUUUCCAGGUUUUUCGGAACUCAUUCUGCUCGUCAUUCUUAUGGUGCAAGAGUAUUAAAUCACAACCAAAUACUACAACUUGUUUAUCCGGUCCCCAAGUGACUUCCCUUAAUUUUCCAUCUCUUCUUGUCUACUAUCAUUUCCUACUGCCUAGAAAAAUGCUCGUGUCUCCCUCAUCCUUAUCUGAUUCUUCCAUUCCUGUUAAUUAUCAUCUUAUGUCUUUUUUGCCCUUUGUGGCUAAACUUGAAAAGCUGUCUACCAGAGGCGCUUCCUCUUUCUCCCCUUUGACUCUUCUUAACAACCCCCUUACAAUCUGUCUUCUGAUUUUUAUCAUUCCACUAAAAUUGCUCUCUACAAAGUUGCCAAAGGUCUCUUAGUUGCCAGAUCCAGGAGCCUUUUCUCAGUCUUCUCUUGACCUCUCUGUAUUUUGCUGGGCAUUCUUUUAAUUCCUGAUACUCUCCUCUCUAGGUUUUUGGGAUAUUAUACUUUCCUGAUUCUCCUACCUACCUGACUUCUUCUCUGUCUAUCCCCCCCCCCCCCCAUUUUGUAUACAUACAUAUAUUUUUUGAAGUAUUUUUCCAAGGUUGUAUGAUUCAUGUUCUCUCCUUCCCCAUCUCUUCUCCCUCUCAGAGUUGACAAGGAAUUUCACUGGAUUAUACAUGUAUUAUCACUCAUGCCUAUUUCCAUGUUAUUCAUUUGUGCAAUAGAAUAGUCUUUUAAAACCAAAAACCCCAACUCCUAUACUCAUAUAAACAUUCUCUGUCUAUUCUACUGGAUCAUCUUCCAGAUCACUCUCUCCAAUUGUAGAGAUCCCUUGGGAUUCUGUUUUGGACCUUCUUUUCUCCCUCUAUAUUUCUUCCCUUGGUGAUCUCAUUAGCUCCAUGGAUUUGACUAAUAUCUUUGUGCUCAUGAUUCUUAAAUGCCUCCCAAACUCUCUGCUCAUCUCCAGUCUUAUAUCUAUAUCUCCAGGUGCCUUUAGAUUUCUCCAACUGAAGGUCCAGUAGCCUUUCUAGAUUCAGUAAGUUCACAAGGGAACUCUAUCUUUCCCCAUAAAUCUUCCCAUCUCUUACUUUUCCCUUUUAUUAUAGAGCACCAUCAUCCCCCCAUCUCUCAGGUUUAUAAACUUGAGAGUCAUCCUAGACUCCCCAUUGUCUCUUACUAUCUCCUGCCCCCAUAUCUAAUCUAAUGCCAAAACAUCCUGGCUUUCUCUUUGCAAAUCUCUGGACUAUACUCUUCUGUUCUGACAAUAGAUUGGGGAAGUCUGAAGGCAAUUAUGACUACAAUAGUUGCUAGGAGUGAAUUGGUUGUUAGUGUGAUAAUGAAGCUAUUCUCUUGUAUAGGUCUUUAUCAUCCUGCCCUUUGAUUACUGCAAGAGUCUGUGGGUCUGUCUGCCUCACAUCUCUUCCCACCUCUAUUCAGCCUCCUUUCAGCCACUAAAGUGAUUUUCCUAAAGGCAGGUCUGAUCAUGUAUGUCACUCAAUAAAUUCCAGGGCUUCCUAUGGCCUCCAGGAGCAAAUAUAAAAUACUCAUUUGGGCAUCCAAAAUCUUUCAUUACCUAACUACUUCCUACCUUUCCAGUCUAAAACCUCACUUCCCCAAUAUGUGUACUCUUUGAUUCAGUGACCCUGGCCUCCUGGCUGUUCCACGAACAAGACACUCCAGCUUUCAGCUUUGGCAUUUUUCUCUGGUCUGUUGUCCUAGAAUGCUCUCCCUCUUCCCUGACUAUUGAUCUUUCUGGCUACUUUAAGCCUCAGCUAAAACCUCACGUUGUACAAAAGUCUUUCCCAGCCCCUUUUAAUUCAAGUUCCUUCUCUCUGUUAAUUAUUUUCUUUUUUAUCCUGAAUAUUAGUGUAUAUAUUUAUUUGAAUGUGAGCUUCUUUUCUUAAAUUUUUUUAAUUAAACAUUAUUUUAUUUGAUCAUUUACAAACAUUAUUCAUUGGAAACAAUGAUCCUUUUCUUUGAAUGUGAGUUUCUUGAGGGCAGAGACUUUCUUUUGCCUCUUAUUGAAACUCCAGUUCAUAGCACAGUGACUGGCACACAGUAGAGGCUCAAUAAAUGUUUAUUGAAUGAUUGAUUGGUCAGAAGAAGUAGUAGUGGUUGGAGACCUCCUACUAAGGGGUUACUGUGGCAGAAACUGAUGAGAACAGAGACAAUUUGCAGUCUUCAUGGGACCUGCAUUCGGGAUAAGGUAGAAAAUUUCUCAAGAUUUGUCAGAUUAAGUAAUGGUUAAUCACUUCUGAUAAUUCAUGUGGCCACAAGGAACACUUGUGUUUUGGGAAAGUCAUUUUAAUGGCUGAAUGGAACAUGGCUUGGAGUGGAGAGGCUUGAGACAGGCAGACCCACCAGCAGGCUAUGGCAGUCAGGAUCCCCUUCCUGGAGGAGCCAGGGAGGAGCUCUUAGAAGGAAAGGAUAAGAUAGUGCUUUCGGGGAACUAAAAAUGUGGCCAGUACUGGAAGGGGGAUGACUCUUCAUGAAUGUGUUUUUCAGGGCUUCCUCUCCAGUCCUGAGGGAAUAGGGAUGUGGCUUCUGAGUGGCUCUUUGAGCAUGCCCAGGUGUGGCCACCGCCACUCCUCUUUUCCUCUGACGUCAGAGGGCCAGGACUAUGGCCUCCAGUUGGGGAGAAUUGAGGCAGUUUCAGGACUUACACGUGGUGUUUAGUUUCAUUUUCCUGGUAAAGGGGAGAGGCAGGCAGGGCAGCCUGAUCUGGAGAGAUUAUAGGAGGUGUCUCAGCAUGUAGCAGGAGCCAAAAUG